AUGCAAAACGUCUCGUGCAACAACGAAACGAUCUCAGAAGAUCCAGGUUAUGUCGACAUAGAAAAGUUCUUAAAAUUUGAAAAUCUUGUUCGAUAUCUAAUACCAAUAACAUUUGCAUUAAUAGCAGUAUUGGGAAUAGUAGGAAACGCACUUGUCAUACAUGUGUUUGUGAUCUUAUCAAAGAAGAAAUUACAAAACACGACUAAUAUCCUGAUUGUCAGUCUUGCCGCCGCCGACCUUCUUUUCCUUGUGUUUUGUGUACCGUUUACAGCAGCGAAUUAUGCGAUGUCCUACUGGCCAUUUGGGAACGUGUGGUGUAAAAUAGUGAAUUUUAUGACGCAUGUAUGCGCAUAUGUUAGUAUCUGGACACUGGUGCUUUUGUCGCUCGAUAGAUUCAUUGCUGUUGUUCAUCCGGUGCUUUCAAAACAAAUAAGAAAUUUUCGAAACACUUGUCUUCUGCUCGGUAUCACAUGGACUCUAAUCCUUUGCGGCAACGUUCCGAUUCUUUUGCAAUAUGGCAUUUUACACUACCAGUGGAUGGGUUUUGACAGGUCGUCUUGUUUGAAUCUGGCGGGUCUUCGAAGUAAAAUAAUGUUAAAAGUUUUCUACGGUUGUUUCUUUGUGUUUGGUUACGUACUCCCGCUAACUCUGAUAUGUGUAUUGUAUGGGUUUCUGCUCAAAAGAAUGUUGCACCGAUCUACCGCAACUAGGCACCAGAGAAGGAGGAGCCUCCAUAGAAAGAGAAGGGUGAUUAGAAUGGUGGUCGCUUUCGUCGUGGCAUUCGCCAUUUGUUGGCUACCGAUUCAAGUGAUGUGUAUAGUCAAAACUUUUACUCAUUAUGAACAGACAAUGGAAUCUACGGCUAUUUUGAUGGUCGCCAACUGCAUGUCCUACAUCAACAGCUGUAUCAAUCCGGUAUUAUAUGCAUUUCUUUCCAAGGACUUUCAAAGAAGUUUUCGUAGCGGCUUUUACGAGGUGACCUCAUCUAGUCAACGUCCCAUUCAAGAUGGCCGAUAA